CUACUCAGGUCACAGGCAGUUGUAGUAGUUUUGUGUAUUAUCCUUGGUCUCGCAUCACACUACCUCUACCAUAACCUAACCUAUUUGCUAUUUGAUUUGGUUGGUUUGUAAAUGUUAGGGACUUGGAAAAAUAAGCCUUUUUAUUAUUUUUUGAUUGUCUAUGUUUAUCUCAAUGAUUAUUUCUAGUUAAUUAUUAAUUAAAAAUCGAAAAGUGUGCUGUAGUUUUACUCCAAUGAAGACAUAUUCUCAGAUGUGUUCAAAAACUUUACAAUGUUUGAGAAAUUAUAGUUCAACAAAACCAAUUACCUACUUUACCACACCAAUUUACUAUGUGAAUGCAGAGCCUCACAUUGGUCAUCUCUAUAGCUCUGUAAUAGCCGAUGCUUCUCAGAGAUGGACGAAAUUGAUUAAUAAACAUGCGAAAGUGAAAUUUUCUACUGGAACCGACGAACACGGAACUAAAAUUCAGCAAGCGGCGAAAGCUCAUAAUAGAACCCUCAACGGAUAUUGCGGGGAUAUUUCUUCAAAAUAUAGGAAUUUAGCUGACAAUUUUAGUGUGGAGUAUACUGAUUUUAUUAGGACCAGCGACGAAAGGCAUAAAAAAACUGUACAAAACUUUUGGGUUUCUUUAGCCAAAAAAGGCCUAAUUUAUAAAUCAACUUAUCGGGGGUGGUACUGUGUGCCUGAUGAAACCUUCCUGAGUGACUCGCAAUUAACAGAAGUUACAAAAGAUGGCAAACAAAUAAUGAUUUCUACUGAGAGCAAACAUCCAGUAGAAUGGAGUGAAGAACCAAAUUAUAUUUUUAAACUUAGUUCUUUUAGAGAUGAUUUAGUCUAUUGGUUGAAACAAAAUGAAAAAGUAGUAAUCCCUCAAAAAUUUCACAAAAUUCUCUUAGACCUUAUCAAUACAGACGAUGCUUUGGCGGAUAUAUCCGUUUCCAGGCCUUCAUCCAGGGUACACUGGGGCAUUCCUGUACCAAACGAUGAAGAGCAAACUGUAUAUGUUUGGCUUGAUGCUCUAGUUAACUAUUUAACAGUUGCUGGAUAUUCGCAAGUACCUGAUGCUCAAUUUAAACAAUCAUGGCCCCCAGAUGUGCAGGUUAUUGGCAAGGAUAUUCUAAAGUUCCAUGGAAUUUAUUGGCCAGCAUUUUUGAUUGCGGCUGAUUUAGAACCACCUCGUACUAUUCUGUGCCAUUCACAUUGGACUGUUGACGGAGAGAAAAUGUCAAAAUCUAAAGGAAAUGUGGUCAAUCCCUUUGAAAAAUCUGAUAUCUUUACUAAGGAUGGGUUGAGGUAUUUUUUGCUUAAAGAAGGCGUCAACCAUAGUGAUGGGAAUUAUAGCAACACAAAAGUCAUUAGGAUGCUAAAUGCAGAAUUAGCAGAUACUCUUGGAAACUUACUAAGUAGAUGUUGUGGUAAUAACUUAAAUCCAAACCAAGUAAUUCCAAAAAUUGAUCAGGAAGUAUUCAAUCGAAUAGCGUCCAUGGAAGUUACGAAAAAAUUAAUUUGCAAUCUGGAGCAACUACCUGAAGUCUGUCUUAAACACUAUAAUGAGUUCAACUUUUACAAAGGAACAGACGCCAUUAUAGCCACUCUACAUUCUGCCAAUUUAUUUUUUGAAACUCUCAAACCAUGGGAGUUGAAAAAAGCAUCCGAAACUCUAGCCGAUCUUCAAGUCGUGUUGCAUUUGGCUAUGGAAGCUUUAAGAAUAACUGGCAUAUUAUUGCAACCCUCAAUUCCAAAUAUCAGUCGCACUUUAUUGGAUAAGUUGAAUGUAAAUGAAAGUGAGAGAUACUUUGUGGACACUACAGUGCUUUCAUGGAAAAAUGACAAGUUUCAAACUAGGAAUUUGGGUAGUGAAAAAGCGGUUUUAUUUAAAAGAAUUAUUGUUGAGGAUUGUAAAGUGAGAAAAGCUAAGAAAGGUUGAGUGCAAUGUGCUGUUGCAUUUUGUAUUUUGUUAUAGUUGUAUUUCAAAUUAAAAGAUUUUUUUUUUCAUA